AUGGCUCCUAUUCUAGCGGAACCCAAACCAACAUCUUUGCUCCGAACCGUCAUCAUCAUUUUCCAACCUUCUUUCGUAAAUUUUCUGAGCAGCUUUACGAAUGGCAUCAUCACCGUAGGGCUCCCGGCGAUUGCGCGCUCUGUCUCGCUACCGCGUGCGUUGUACCUAUGGCCAUCUUCAGUCUACGGCUUGACGGCUGGAGCCAUGCUGCUUAUCGCAGGUUCCAUUGCUGACAUUGUGGGAGCUCGACUAGUCGAACUUCUUGGAAUUUUUCUCCUAGGCUGCUUCACUCUAGCAUGCGGUCUUGCAACGACGGGUAUUCAAUUGGUGGUUUUCCGUGCGCUGCAAGGAAUCGCAACGGCAAUGCAUCUGCCCGCAAGUGUCGCUCUUGUUGCCAACGCCGUUCCGCAAGGGAGGGCAAGGAACAUCGGCUUCGCAUGCUUGGGCCUGAGCCAGCCGCUAGGCUUCUCAGUUGGGCUCGUGGUUAGUGGUGUGCUUGUUGAAACGGCUGGUUGGAGGUCUGGAUUUUAUCUUUCUGGUGGUGCAAUGUUGGUCGCCUCCAUUAUUGCAAUUUGGUCAUUGCCGAAGGUGAAGAGCGAUGAGCAUCCGGAGAAGGGUAUUCAGCUCUUACGGAAGGUUUGGACAGACAUUGAUUGGGUGGGUGGUGUUAUUGCAAGUGGAGGGUUGGCAAUCCUGGCUUAUGUCCUUGCCAUUCUAAGUGCAGAUUUAUCAACCAUCAGCACCCCUACCACAGCAUCUUUACUCGCACUUAGCAUUGCCCUCCUGAUCGCCUUCCCCUUCUGGAUGAGCUACCGUACACGCAAUGGAAAGCCCGCCUUGGUCCCCAAUGUUCUCUGGAAGAACAUCCCAUUCGCCAGCACAUGCAUUAUGGUCGUCAUCUCCUAUGGAGUCAUGAACUCCAUGGAGCUUUUCUCCAGUCUGUACUUCCAAGAAGUUCAAGAACGUUCUGCCCUUUCAGCCUCGCUCAACUUACUCCCCAACUUGAUGGUAGGUGUUGUUCUGAAUCUAUCCAUGGGUCUCUUCGUCGAUAGAUUACCCGCCCGCUGGCUCGUGGUCGUUUCGUCUUUCAUCUGUGCUCUUGCACCCCUUUUCAUGGCUGUUGUGGAUCCAAAUUGGUCGUACUGGUACAUGGAGUUUUGGGCUCAGAUCUUUGCGCCAUUCUCUGGGGAUAUUAUGUUCACCGUUGGCCUUAUCAUUGUUAGCGAGAACUUCCCUGAGAAAACGCAGGCGCUUGCUGGAGCCAUCUUCAAUACAGUUUCUCAGUUUGGUAUGAGUCUAGGGAUUGGCCUUUGUCAGGUCGUGGCGCUUGGAGUGAUGGGAAGCGCAAAAGGCGGGGGUGGACACGGUGGUGAGGGAGACGCAUUCGAGAAUGUUAGUAAGGGAGAUACGUUGCGCGGAUAUCGAGCCAGUUUCUGGACUAUGUUUGCUGCGAUGAUGGCUUGUGGUGCUAUCGCUGUCUUUGGGUUGAGGAAAGCCGGAAACGUAGGAUUGAAGAGGGAGUAA